AUGACUACACAUGAACAGAACAAUUCUAUCAAUAUAAAUUCUAAUGCUCAAAUGUCUUUCAAUCAAACUCAAAAUCAUGGCAGUGUAUUCUACAUACUUCCAUCUAAUCAUUCAACUUUAAAACUUGUUACUGUUCCUUUCGAUCGCACCGAAUUUGCGGACUGGAAGAAGCCUAUUGUUACUAGACUUGUUUCCAAAAAUAAAAUGUUGUUUGUGGAUGGAAGCAUGCCAAAACCAGAUAAUUAUUUACCAGAUUUCAAAGCUUGGGAGAGAUGCAACAAUAUAGUGAUAGGAUGGAUCAUGACUUCUUUGGAGAGAUCAGUUGCUAAAAGUGUUAUCUACUUUAACACUGCUACGGAUGUUUGGAGCAAUUUAGGGGAUAGGUUUGGACAGUCCUCUUCUACACAACUCUAUCAUAUACAAGACGAUCUUGCUUCUCUUACUCAAUAUGGAAUAUCCAUAGCCGAUUAUUAUACUAAGGCUAAAGCUCUAUGGAAUGAGCUUGACAAUGUAGAUUCUUUGUCCAUUUGUUGUUGUAAUGGCUGCAAGUGUGAUACAACGAAAAUAAAUUUAAAACAACUACAAAAUCGAAGAAUCACCUAUUUUCUAAUAAAGCUUGAUGACCAUUUCAGUCAGAUUGAGACUAACAUCCUCAUGCGGGAAAGUUAG